AUGUCAGACGACGUUGAGAUGACCAUCAACCUGGCCCUCUUUGGCAGGACGCAGAGUGGGAAGAGCUCUGCAGGCAAUAGCUUGCUGGGCAGCACUGACUUCCCUAGCUACUUGGCUCCGCGUUCGGUGACCAAGUCCUGCAGCCUCGGUCGAAGCUGCCGAAUCCCCCACUUCAUGAGGCGCGGUGGAAAAGAAGUGACCCUGAAGCUGCAAGUGUUAGACACACCAGGCUAUCCCCACAGCAGCCUGGACCAGCAGCAGGUGAAACAGGACGUGAAGGAAGCCCUCGCCAGGCACUUCGGACAGGAGGGUCUCCACCUCGCCCUACUGGUCCUGAGAACAGACGUGCCCCUCUGUGGAGAGGGGGAAUGGGCCUCUCUGCAGCUGAUGCAGGAACUUCUUGGUCCUGCAUGGAAGAAUUUUACUGCCAUCCUUUUCACUCAUGCAGAAAAACUAGAAGAAGCUCAACUCAGCGAGAAAGAAUACUUACACACUGCUUCUCAUCCACUGGUAACUCUAUUGGACUCUGUUCAACAGAGAUAUGUUUUUCAAAACAACCAAAAAAUUCCACUUAAGGAACAAAGAAUACUAACUUUAAAAAGAAUCAUAGAAUUUGUAAAAGAAAAUUGUUAUCAAGUACUUUAUUUUAAAUAAAAG